AUGGACUCAUUCAACGAAAAGAACCUGUAUUCCGGGCUCUCCAUGUUCCAACAAAGGGGUCCCGAUGUCUCUCGCUUGCGCCAGUUUCUUAACUUUUUAGGUUGCAUUAUUGUGAUCCCUAUUUACUCGUUUAUCACCGGUUAUACACGACACCCGUUGACAUUAGAUAUCUUGCUGACGAUCUUCGCGGCGGAAUACAAUCGCUUUGCAAAUGAGAGCCGGAGGCGGCGCUUGAAGUCCCCGUCACAAGCUGUUCAAGACCUGGAGAAAGCCAGCUACCUGCUUACGAACACCGAAAAAGCUACAGAAUGCAUGGCUGCAAUUGUCGGAUAUCGUGAAGACCCAGACCUGUUUGCUCGUGCUUUAGACAGCUACAAAACUGCAGCUGAAUGUCGCUUCGUCCUUGUGGGCGUCGAUGGCGAUGACACUCCGGACAUGGAAAUGGUUCGCGUUUUUCAACAAGUAUUCCCAGAAAAAUCAGCCGUCAUUCAAAUUGAAGAGCCCCUGGGCGAAGUUGCCAUGAAAACUUUUGAGAAGCUCUCGAAGGUCGAUGGUAAUGCCCAAGCUCCCCAGGUCUAUAUGGAAGCUACCAUUGCCCACUGUUGCCAGCUCGCACGCGAGAUUCUAGCUGAAUAUGACCUUGAUCUCGGUGGAGCCGGUGGCGUCACAAGACUGUGUCUAUUCCAGCCCCAUCUACACAAGAAGGGAAUCAUGUUCUCGGCUUUCAUUUUUUCCAUCGUGAUAUCCGAGAUGCUCGGCAUCGAGUACCUGUGGUCCUCUGACUCUGACACUAUCAUCAUGCCUGACUCACUGCGGAGUACCAUUGAAACCAUUGCCGGCGACCCUCAUGUCGGUGGAGGCAGCUCGGGCUUGAUUGUGCACAAUGAAAAUGACACAACCACAACCAAACUGGGCAGUGUGGUCUACUGGUCUGAGCUUUACAUGACCCGGUCAACCUCAACUGCCUCUGGAACCAGUGACUGUCAGUCAGGUCCCAGUACAGCAUUCCGAGUCUGCGCUCUCCCAGCCGUCUUGUAUCCCUGGUAUACGCAGACUGUCCUGGGACAUCGAAUGGUCGUCAACGAGGAUCGCCACCUCACUACUAAUCUUCUCAUGCGCGGAUGGACCGUUACGUAUGUGUCUGAUACCUUGACUGCAACUGACACGCCGACAACUUUGAGCCGCUGGAUCAUGCAACAAGUCCGCUGGAGCCGAGCUGGUCAUAUCGAGUCCUUCCAGCAACCUCAGAUCUACGUCCUCAAUAACCCGCUCUUCUUCUGGGCUGCCAUCAAGCGAGAGGCCGGACCUUUACUUGGCUUUGGCUAUAUCCUCUACUACCUCAUUACUGGUCGCUGCUUUGCUUAUUUCAACUGGUACGACGUUGGCAUUCGUAUCGUCUACACAUUGCUGUACAACUUCUUCCGCAACCCAGAUAGAGGACCGACCAAUUAUUGGCUCUGGAUUGGACCAGGUCUUUUGUUCUACAACAUCCCCCUCCCUAUGAUUCAUCUUUGGAGCUUGAUCACGGUGUUCCAAGAUGGUUGGGGUACGUCUAUGCGAUCAACUAGCGAAUUGUCCAAGAGAGGACAGGCAUGGAAACGCUGGAAUGACCUGGGAUUCUUUGUUGUAUGGAUGGGCAUCGUCGGUGGUACUCUGGCGAGAAUGUUCGCCAAUAUGGCUGGGUGGAAUGAUACCAGUAUAUACCAGGCCAUCGUGCUGGGGAUGGCUGUCCCAUUUGCGGUAUCGUUCUACGGAUUGGUGAUACGUGAAUGA